CCUCUAUACUCAUCACCAUUAACUAGCUAGAGCAAUUUACUUUCAAACUAUUCAAGAAAAGACAAUAAAGAGACAAUGGCUAAUAACAGUAAGAAGUUUCUGUUAUGUCUUUUCUUGAUCUUGAUUUCAUUUUCAAGAAUUGAAACUCGUCCAAUGCCUAUGGCAUCAAAUCAGAAGAUCAACCGGUCAUUGAUAGAAAGUACUAAAGAGGUUUUGAAAGAAAGCUUAAGGAGGCAAGAAAUGGUUGGAGGUUUCAAUCAAUCUCUUAGAAUUAGUCCUGGAGGCCCUGAUCCUCAUCAUCACUAGCUAAAUCUUUGCUGCUUCUUCUUCUUCUUGACUUCAUUUAGGUCCUUUUUUACAAUAGGAUCGGUAUUUCUAAUAUUUUCCUUUCGUUCGAGGAACAUACCUAUCUAUUUAUUGGGUGUAUAUCUAUUCCUCUUACACCCAGCCAAUAGUUAUUUGCCAGUUUCGUUUUUCUUUUUUCCUUUCAGGAAAAGACACACGUGUUCUUAUUUACGUAAUUCUCAGUUAUCGUCUAGGUUUACAUCAUCCUUGCAUUGGCAAGUCUUGAUCAAGAAGAAGUUGGCACUUGCCAUUUAUCCGUGAAAUAAAACAGUAGUGUAUUAUGUUUUUUGAAAGAAU